AUGUUUAACACCUCCAUUUUCGACAACGGCGGCUCGGGCCUGCUGGAACCUUCCCAGGAUUUUCUAAAUGUGCCCCAGCCCAUAGAUAUUACUCAUCAGAGACAACCCAGUAUCUUCAACAACUCCCGUUUCCGCAGAGAGCUGAUUGCCCACUCCCAGGGCAUGGGCGGCGUUUCUUGGGGUUCUGUCACCAUUGGCCUGUGGCUCAAGGACGAGGUGAUGAUGUACCAGAACCAUCCAGGGGGUUCCAAUAAUGCCAACGGUGCCAAUCUCCCGGGGAACCUCAUAAACCCAAGAAGGGGCCUGUUUCGUAUGAGCUCGGUGUCUCAGCCGGUAAAUGCCGCCAGUCUCCACGCGGGAACGCUUUCGCCGCCAAACACAACGCUGUAUCUCACCACAUUAGAAGCAGACUACUGUAAAGACUACUCGUGCUGUGGACAGCUCUUGCCGACGCUCCACGACUUGUUGAGGCACUACGAGGAGGCACACAUUCUGGCGUCGCCGCAACAGGAGGCAGACUCCCACUUGCUUGCGGCGCACCGCCAGAGAAACAACCUCAACAACAUCCACAAUGUCAUGGAGACCGUUUCCACCACCGAUGUGUUCUUGAACAACCACCAUCACCAGCAACAGCAUCAGCAACAACAGCAGCAGCAACAGGGCUCGUUACACCUUCCGGCAAGCCAUUUUAAUCUACAGAACCAGACGAUUGCCCAAGGGUCCGUUUCUGGGUCGAUAUCCCAUGCCGGCACCGGAAAUGGUGCGCCCCACCACAACAACAGUAACCAGCAUCAACAGAGGCAUCUUCCGCCCCAUAAGGUGAAUCCUCAAGUGGCAGACGCCGACUCCGACAGCAUGUAUAUUGACGAUCCAGCUAGACACUUGUAUGUGAUGGAGAAUGAAGAAUAUAAGCCUUUCAAGUGUCCUGUGAUCGGCUGUGAAAAAACCUAUAAGAACCAAAACGGCCUCAAAUAUCACCGUUUGCAUGGCCACCAGAACCAAACGCUCAAAGAGAACGAAGACGGGACCUUUUCCAUCAUUGACCCUGAGUCCAACACCCCUUACCUCGAUGGUGCCGGCAUGGAGAAAGACAAACCGUACCGUUGCGAGGUUUGCGGCAAGAGAUACAAGAACCUCAACGGGCUCAAGUACCACAGGGGACACACCACUCAUUAA